GAUUCCAUGCAGCAUAGGGCAUAAGCAGCCUGGGCAGGAGAGAAACACAACGGGCAGUUUACAGACUCCAGUAACAUGGAGAGAAGAUGGAAAGUCCAUACAUGUGCAACAGGAAGGAGCCUCAUACCCUGGAGAAUGCCUCACUGUGUCAGGAAUAUGUAGAGGCUGCUUCCAGUACAGAAGUGAUGCAAAGGCAAGAUUCAGACUGCCUGUCUUCCUGUAGCGUUUAUUAAGCCGACCCACCCAACAUGACGCUGAGUCAGCUCAGUUCACCCAAUGGUCAGUCUGCGACUGUUGCCUGUCCUGUUCUCCUUGUAACUCGUCCCAUAACAUGUCACACUAUAGCUGAUUGGACUGAAGGAGACAGACGUAAAGUCAUGAAUGACAUCAUCACCACCAUGUUCAAUAAGAAGUUCCUGGAGGAGCUCUUCAAGCCCCAGGAGCUGUAUUCUAAGAGGGCUCUGAGGACAGUGUUCGACCGUCUGGCGCACGCCUCCAUUAUGAGGCUCAAUCAGGCCAGCAUGGACAAGCUUUACGAUCUAAUGACCAUGGCCUUCAAAUACCAAGUCCUUCUGUGUCCGCGGCCCAAGGAUAUGCUGCUGGUCACUUUCAACCACAUGGAUGCCAUCAGGGACUUUGUGAGAGACUCGCCCAGCAUCCUCAACCAGGUGGACGAGACAUAUAGGCAGCUGAUUGAGAUGUACACACCACUUUCUGGAGGUGAAUUUCAGCUCAUCCGGCAAACACUGCUAAUUUUCUUUCAGGACAUGCAUAUACGGGUUUCAAUCUUUCUCAAAGAUAAAGUCCAAAAUUCCAAUGGCCGUUUUGUUCUUCCGACAUCUGGGCCUGUUCCGUAUGGAACACAGAUCCCGGGUUUAAUCAGGACGUUCAGCUGCACCGGAGAGGAGGUCAACAGGGUCCAGUUCCGCAGUGCAGGCAACUACACGGCCGCCCUGCGCGAGGGGUCCUUCGAAAUGCAUGGCGAUAGGGUCAUCAAGCUGGGCACUAACAUGUACGGCGUCAGCCGCGCUGUGGAGACACACAUGUCGGGGACGUCCAGGAACUCCUCCCAGCAUACAAAGGUGAACACCGCUCCCAACCCACUGGCUAAGAAAGAGCUCAACCUUCUGGCCCAGUUAAUGGGAGGACUGGACAUGCAAAAGCCAGUGGGUAGCGACACCAGCUUCCGGGUCAACCUCUUCGCCACGGACGAGGAAGAGGAGGAAGCUUUGAUGUCAAGACCUGCAGAGCUUUCGUACGAAGUCAUAAAUAUUCAAGCAGCUAAGGACCAGCAGACCAACGCGGAGCUGGCUCGCAUCAUGGGGGAGUUUGCGGACGAGGGGGAGCCAUCGGCGACUCCCAGCAGCAAAGGAGAUGAGCUCCUGGCCAUGAUGGAUGGGCUCUGAUGCGUCGUCGUGGUGACAGCCUGGUGGGAGGGGUUUUGGUCGGAAGCGGAGCCUGGAACUGCUGGGGUGGGCGGGACCCGGCCUGCCCUUUCACCACGCGAAUAGGCUUCCCGUUCACAACAGAAACCUCCGGAUUGCUUUACACAGACUUGGGGUUACGCUGGACAAGGGAAGCAGGGAGCCUCGCUAUCAGGGAGAGGCUACGACAGCGGAGAAACACAAGCUCAGUCCGAAACGUCGCACGGUGUCGUUUCUGUGAUGUAGAAAGCGAAGUGUUUCUUCAGAGAGCGAGACCGUUUACUCACUGCGUGCUCGUUUUUGUGUUACUAGGAAAAGAAGCUCACAGUGGCUGUUUGUUUCCCAGUUAUAUAUGCACUGUGCUAUUUUCACGCUUUCCAGAUGAUUCUGUCAUUCCAGUUUAUAGGAUAGAGAUAUUUAAAGGCCCGGAGAAAGGAUGAAAGAGCACUUUCACGGUAUUUCAAAGGCUUAUGAUCCCAAAAAAGUGAAAUGGCUUUGUAUAUGUCAAAAACGUGAGUCCUAAGCCCACAAGACGUUUACCAUGGUUUAACCUCAGCAUUACAAACAAUACAUCGGCAUCAAUGUGACCCGGUGUACGUGUAUUAUUAUUAAUGACUGGCUGAUUACGUUGAUUAAGGUGUACAUAUUAUCCAACUGCACUCCAUUAGAAAGGAACCUGCAAAAUUCAUUUCAGGGGCAUAAACUGUAUAGUUGUAUAUUUGAUGUUCACGUAUUUGUAAAUGGUAGGGUUUAUUUAUUGAAACAUACAUGUUAAAAUCUGUGUUUAUGUUGUUAAAUUGUAAUAAAAUCGUGUUUAAAAGUAAGAUUUUGUAUUAGAUUAAUAAAAUGUUUAAUGUCUGA